AUGGGAAAGUUUGGGCCAACCUGGACCUGGGAUGAUAACUAUCUGUUUUCACCAAGGGGUAGGAUCUGGCUUGCUUGGCACCAUGCAGAUAUUACUAUUCAAAUUAUCCAGAAAACUGAACAAUUGAUACACUGUUGGGUUCAACUGAAGAAUGGCAAGGCUGCUUUCUUCCUUACUGUGGUGUAUGGUUUACACACAGUUGAUACCAGGAAGCACCUGUGGCAUGAUCUCUCUUUGUUGGCCCACUCCAUCACAUCUCCUUGGUGUGUGGUGGGUGACUUCAAUGUUGUUCUGUAUGCUGGUGACAGAAUUAAUGGGAAUCCAGUUGCUAUUGCUGAAACUGCAGAUUUUGCUUCUCUUCUAGACACAACUGAUCUGGGAGAAAUGAAAGCUAGUGGCAACUUCUUCUCCUGGAGCAACAAAGGGGAUGAUGUUAAACAGGGUGGAAGGCCUUUCAAGUUCUUCAACUACAUGGCUGAGCAUGCAGAGUUUCAGGAAGUUGUUAAAAAAGGGUGGAGUGUUCCUGUGAGAGGGAAACCAAUGUUCCAACUGUGGGAAAAGCUCAAGCAUAUCAAGCAUGGUCUUAAGACUAUUCAUAGAAGAGAUUUUGCAAAGCUGGAGGAGAGAUUAGAGCUUAUUAGGGGGGAACUGGAUAGUAUCCAAACUCAACUAUCUAGUUGCCCUACUGAUGUGAACCUGCAAGAAAAAGAAAGGGGUACAAUGGAAUCUCUGAAGAAAUUCCUUGAUGUUCAAGAGAGUGGUUACAGACAGAAGUCAAGGAUACAGUGGCUCAAACUGGGGGAUUCUAACACAAAAUUCUUCUUCACUGCACUGAAAGAGAGGUAUUCUACUAAUACUAUUGACAUGUUGUAUGACAGCAAUGGCAACAAGCUCACCACUGCAUCUGACAUUAAGGAGAAUAUUAGGUCUUUUUACAAAGACUUGAUUGGCACUGCUGCUGUGUCCCUUCAAGGGGUGGACCUUAGUGUGGUAAGACAGGUGUUGGAGUUCUUUGAGACUAGUAAAUUGCUCAAACAAGUCAACAAUACAGUGGUCACCUUGAUCCUUAAAAUUCAGAAUCCUACUAGUGUGAAAGAUUACAGACCUAUUGCUUGCUGCUCUGUGAUCUACAAACUUAUUUCCAAAGUGAUCACUUCCAGAUUACAGGGGGUCAUAGGGGAUGUGGUGUGUGAUGCUCAAGCUGGUUUCAUUCCCGAUAGAUCGAUUGCUGACAAUAUCUUACUAGCUUCUGAGCUUAUUAAGGGUUACACCAGAAAAUACAUCUCACCAAGGUGUAUGAUCAAAAUUGACCUCAGGAAAGCUUAUGACUCACUUGAGUGGCCUUUCCUAAAAGUCAUGUUACAUGAACUAGGGUUCCCUGCUAGAUUUGUGGAUUGGAUCAUGGAGUGUUUAUCUACUGUUUCUUACUAUAUCUUUCUUAAUGGGUAUCCUACUGAACCUAUUCCUGCAAAGAAGGGGCUUAGGCAAGGAGACCCCAUGUCCCCUUUUCUGUUUACCAUUGGUAUGGAGUACCUUUCUAGAUGCCUGCAGAGUAUUGCCCAACAAAACUGCUUCAAAUUCCACCCUAGAUGUAAAAAGUUGGGUAUAACACACAUGAUGUUUGCAGAUGAUCUCUUAAUGUUCUCCAAGGCUGACAAGAUUUCAGUUCAUGUGCUGUUUAAGGCUUUCACCAUGUUCUCUUCUGCCUCUAGUCUUGCUGCUAAUCUGGACAAGAGUAAUGUGUACAUGGGGGGAGUGUCUGAUGAUGAUGAAAUCUCCAUUAGAAGUGGCCUUGGUAUGCUGAAGGGUUCUUUCCCCUUCAGAUAUUUAGGUGUGCCUUUGACCACUAGGAAAUUGAAAUAUAGUGAUUGUAGGCCUCUAGUGGAUAAAACUGUUGCAAGGGUUAGGAGUUGGUCCUCUAAGUUACUCUCCUAUGUUGGCAGGCUACAGCUUGUCAAAACAGUGCUCUAUGGCAUGCAGCUUUACUGGUGUCAGAUUUUUGUGAUGCCUAAGAAAGUCAUGAGAGAAAUCCAUGCUAUCUGCAGGACCUUUCUAUGGACAGGUGGUGGCUUAGGGUCCAAAAAAGCUCAUGUUGCCUGGGAACAACUGUGUUUUCCAAAAAGCAGUGGUGGGUGGAACUUGAGGGAUCUUACCAUUUGGAACAAGGCUGCAGUUUUGAAGCACUGUUGGGCAUUAUCUCAGAAGCAAGAUAGGCUUUGGAUCAAAUGGGUGCAUAUGUACUAUGUUAAAAACAAAGAUUUCUGGACCAUGUCUAUUCCCAAUGGGUUGACCUGGUCCCUUAGGAAGAUUUGGAGUGGGAGAGAUGUAUUUGCUGCCACUGGUGGGUGUACUCAGUUCCUUUCAGCUGGGAAGUAUAAGAUCCAGAAAAUGUAUAAACACCUGAAACAGAAUGGUCCAAAGAUGGAUUGGAGGAGACUCAUUUGCAACAAUUUUGCCAGCCCAAAGAGUAUCUUCUUACUUUGGCUUACAGUGCAAAACAGAUUGCUAACCAAGGAUAGGCUAAUUCAUUGGCAUAUUAAUGUGGAUGCAGUGUGUAGCGUGUGCCAACAAGAUAAUGAGAAUAUGCAACAUUUGUUUUUUCAGUGCCCUGUGUCUGCUGAAAUAUGGAGUGCAGUGAAAACAAAGAUUGGUGUUAGUAGACAGACAGGCAUGUUUCCUGAGGAACUGCAGUGGAUUAUAAAGAAGAGUAGAAGUAGUAGCCCAGAAGCCAAGGUAGUGGUAGAGGGUUAUCCACCUUGUUGGUGGCUGUUUUCCCCUUCCAGGAUGGUUGUUCAUAACUUAACAGACCAACCAUUAUUCCCACCGGAGACCCCAUGGGGAUUGAAGGGUCGUAAUCUGAUGAAUUAUCUCUCCAGCCAACAUUAUCUGGAACAUGGGAUUUGA